AUGUGGUCUCCGGCAGACGAGCUUCAAAGAUUCGGUGUCAGGUUGACCGAUCCGACAUUGCUGAUGUGCCAAGGGCUGAUUGAAGGCCGUUGGCAGGAUCCCCCAUCGGGCUCAACCUUUCCCGUCUAUGAGCCUUCCUCUGCCACUGUCCUUCUCAAUUGUCCCAACUUCAGUCGACAGGACCUGCAGCGCUCCAUCCUGAGUGCUGCCGCCGCCCACACGAGCUUUUACGCUUCCACCACGGCCGCCGGUCGCGGAGCACUCCUUAAAAAAUGGAACGAGCUCAUUCUCGCAAACAAGGAAGAUUUGGCAUCGAUUCUGACUUUGGAAAACGGCAAACCAAUAACAGAGGCCAGAACUGAAAUCGAAUACGCGGCAUCCUUUGUGUCCUGGUUCGCCGAAGAGGCCACUCGCUCUUACGGUGACGUGAUCCCCUCCUCCAUCCCCGGCUCCCAGGUCUUCACUGUCAAGGAGCCAAUAGGGGUCUGCGGCAUCAUAACACCUUGGAACUUCCCUGCAGCCAUGAUAACGAGAAAGGUCGCACCCGCUCUUGCGGCGGGCUGCUCUGUCGUGAUCAAGCCCCCCAGUGAGGCUCCCUUUACGGCGCUGGCGCUGGCAAAGCUUGCGUGCAGGGCCGGGGUGCCGGGUGCUUGUGUGCAGGUCGUCCCGACUAGAGACCGCGCAGCAGCAUCGGAACUAGCGACCAACCCUGCCAUCAAGAAACUCAGCUUUACGGGCUCUACUGAGGUUGGUAAGCAUUUAAUCUCGCUUGCAUCAAAGACGGUGAAGAAGGUCAGCAUGGAACUUGGAGGCAACGCGGCCUUUAUCGUGUUUGAAGACGCGGACCUGGACCUGGCUGUACAAGGGGCCAUGCAAUCCAAGUUUCGGGCCACGGGUCAGACCUGUGUAUGCUCUAACCGCAUGUUUGUCCACGCCUCGGUAGUGGACGAGUUUGCCAGGCGUCUAACAGAGCAGGUCAAGCAACUCAAACUAGGACCUGGCCAUGAAGACGGAGUCACACAGGGGCCUCUGGUCAAUAGGUCGUCAGUGGAAAAGGUUGCUUGGCAUGUCCAGGACGCUUUGAACCUGGGAGGGGAGCUGGUGUUUGGUGGCAAGCGCCCCACGCAUCUGGCAUCUGGCUUUUACUUUGAGCCAACUAUAAUCAAGAAAGCAUCGAGCGACAUGGCUGUAGCUCGCGAGGAGACUUUUGGUCCUCUGGCGGCAAUAUUCAGCUUCAAUGACGAGAAGGAGGUUGUCCGGCUCGCGAACAGCACCCCAUUCGGCCUGGCUAGUUACUUCUUCUCGCGCGACCUGAAUCGCGUCCUCCGCGUGGCCAAGGCGCUGGAGGUGGGUAUGAUUGGUGUUAACACGGGUAUCAUCAGCACAGCUGAGACCCCAUUUGGUGGGAUCAAGGAAAGCGGAUAUGGAAGAGAAGGGAGCAAGUACGGGCUUGCUGAGUAUCAGGUUCUCAAGUCCGUUACAGUCGGCUCUUUGAAACACUAG